GUUCGGCUGAGGGGGGACUUGGAUGUGUAUUGCACACCAUGUUAUGAAGAUUGAUGGCAUAUAAAUCAGUUAGCAACAUUUAAGUAAUUAAGACUUUGUUCCAAUCAUGCUAAAUUCUAAGAUGCAAUAGUCCAUGAUUUCUUCUGUCACAAACACUUUGGUUGUCAGAUGUUUACAUUUAACAGAAGAUUUUAAGCCCAGCCCAAAUAAACAGGCAGUUUUAGGUGAACAUGGAAGACUCAGACACAGAGGAAGGCUGUCUUGUGCUGGAAGUAAAAGACAAUUUGAAUGUUCAGGUGCCUGGCUCCAUCAACAAUUACCUACGGCCAUACCAGCGUGAGGGUGUUAAGUUCCUCUACCGUCAGUACAGCCAGAAUGCUGGAGCCAUCCUGGCUGAUGAUAUGGGUCUGGGUAAAACCAUCCAGUCCAUAGCAUUCAUAUCAGCCAUCCUUGGCAAAUCAGACGCGGCCGACAGGCGGGAAACGCCGUCCUUUCUGCAGAGCCUGGAUAGCGCGACGGCGGUGGCGCCGCCCUGUCGGCCGUCGCCCGUACUCGUCAUUUGUCCGGCGGCCGUGCUGUACAACUGGGUGGCCGAGCUGGGUACCUGGGGCCGCUUCGACGUCGGCUUGUUCGUGGGGAAGAAGAGAUCGGAGACUCUGAGAUCCGCGCGAAACGGAACGGUUGAUGUCGUCAUGUCUUCCUUCGAGGCGGCGCGGGAUCACGUGACCGCGCUGAACGGCCCCAAUUGGUCGGUCGUCAUUGUGGAUGAGGUGCACCGGCUCAAGUCGAUGACAUCACUGGUGACGCAGGCGCUGGGCCGGCUGGAGUGUCGCCGACGCGUCGGUCUCUCCGGCACCGUUGUGCAGAAUGACCUGCGCGAGUUCUGGUGUGUGCUGGACUGGGCCAACCCAGGCUGCCUCGGGACUUCCGAGCAGUUCGUGAACGAUUUCGUGAGACCCAUAGAGCGAGGCCGGCGGCGCUGCGCCGUCAAACGGGAGGUGGCCGAGUCGUGGCGCCGCCGCGAGCUGCUCACCACCCUCCGGCAGCGCUGGCUGCUGCGCCGCACCAAGGCGCUCAUCGCCAAUCAGUUGCCCAACAAGACGGACCAGAUUGUCUACUGCCCGCCGUCUGAGUUCCAGCGGGAGGUAUACAGGACCGUCCUGGCCUCACCGGACGUACAGAUGCUGCUGCAGCGGACCAAGCCCUGCUUCUGCCGCAGCGGAAGGAAGGCCAGCAGGUGCUGCCUCAGGCGCGGCCGAGACUCCGCAGCUCCCUCCUCGCUGGCGUUCUCCUACAUCGCACUGCUGCUGAAGAUCAGCAACCACCCGUAUCUGCUGACGCCCCGGCCUGGCGCCGCCACGGAGCAGCAGAACGUGCUGGCGCGCCAGGUUUGCCGGUUGGUUUUCGAGAGGUUUCCGGAAUUCGCCAGCAUGAGUCGUAUUCAGGCGUUCCGGGCCUUAUCUGACCCGAAGUAUUGCGGUAAAAUGAAGGUGCUUAUUGCCUUGAUCGACCAUUUUCGGCAACGAUCUCAGAAGAUCCUUAUAUUUUCUUAUUCGACGAGGAUGCUGAAGAUUAUACGAGCCUAUGUCUCGAACCAGGGGUACGAGCUGACGUACAUUGACGGCGAGACGGCGGCGGCGGAGCGGCCGCGCCUGUGCGCCGAGUUUAGCCGCCGGCCGCAGUGGGCCGUGGCGCUAGUGUCGACCCGCGCCGGCGGUCAGGGACUCAACAUCACCGGCGCCACGGCCGUGGUCGUGUUUGACCCCAGCUGGAACCCGGCGCACGACCUGCAAGCGCAGGACAGGGCAUACCGGCUGGGCCAGGCGCGGGACGUCAGCGUGUUCCGACUGGUGUCGGCCGGCACCAUCGAGGAAAACAUCUACCUCCGACAGGUGAGGCGCCAGCAGCUGUCCCCUGCUGACCACGAGCGGCAGCUGUCCCCUGCUGAUCACGAGCGGCAGGUGAAGCGCCAGCAGCUGUCCCCGCUGAUCACGGGCGGCAGCGCCUCCUCACCAGCCACGGUACGGCACGCCGCCCUCUACCGACGGGCGGGCGAGGCGGGGCGGGGCGGCACCGCCGGCUGGAGCGCCUCCUCACCAGCCACGGUACGGCACGCCGCCCUCUACCGACGGGCGGCGCGGGGCGGAGCGGGGCGGCACCGCCGGCUGGAGCGCCUCCUCACCGGCCACGAGCAGGAGGCGACGGCCGCGCUGCCCACCGUACAGACCGGCGUGGCCGGCCUCACGGUCAGCGACUACACGACAGUGGCGCCCUCCGACGACGAGCAGGUGCUGACAUCUGGAGACGAGGUGGAGGCACCGUCGCCGUCGGAGACUGCCCAAACCCGAACACCUAGCACGGCGCCCCUGGAUGCCGCACUUAAAUCGUGCGGUGUGCAGCACACGCACGGUAACGCGGCCCUGGUGGGCGCCAGCCGCGUGGAGGAGCACGUGGCGCGCCAGGCGGCCCGGGCCGUGUUCGUCCUCGGGGACGGCACCCAGGAGCCGGCCGAGUGGUGCGCGCCACUCCGCCGACAGGCGGGACCGGUCCGACCGUCUGCCCGCAAGCGAGCCGCCACGGACGCCCGGUAUGCGCCCAUCCAGCCCGUGUCGUGGACCCGGUGCCAACGCUGCCUGCAAAACACCGCAAAACCACCGACAGAGCGGGCCGACACCGCGGGCGCGUCACUGUUCGCUUCUCGCAUCGACCUGGGACGAGCGCUGCUCGCGCCGGGGGGCCAGCGGGCGGCGGGUGGGCGGUGGUCGCCGCUCGGGAGGUCUGACCCACUGCUUGGCCGCUGGCUGCGCGACGGCAAGGUGUCGAUCGUCCAAUGA